GUUUUUGUGCAGAUUCAGAUUUUCAAAGUCAAGGUCUAGACUAGGAAUUUGAAUUUCCAAUUUCCAUAGAUCGUUUCUCAUAUUUGCCCAUAAAUGUCAGAAAACACCCGAGGGCAAAUUCAUGGCCUCAAUAAUUUCAGUUAACAGUUUGUGAAGAAUUGAUAUGUAAAGGAAAUAUGGUUAACCUAAAUAAAUCAUUUUUGUAUGGUAUAUGUUUUGCUUCCCUAACAUGGGUAAUUUCAUUGUAUCUAUACUUUCAAAUAUCCACUGGUGAUGAUAUCAAUUUGAAAUUGACAACAUACCGUCCAAGAGCUUCCCGAAAAAGCCUGAUAAAGGAGAAUAAAGAAACAGGUCUCAAAGCAACAGGCUCACGGAAAAACAGUUUUGUGAAUAGUAAAAACUUCCUAGAUAAGUUGAAGCCUGUGCUAGUCACCCCAAUAACUGAGAAUGAUGCAGAUCAAGUGCUCAUGGAAUUGGGAAUGGUGAAAACCCAUGAAGACAAAGUAAUAAAAGAUGAUGGAUACAAAACCUAUGCUUAUAAUGUACUCAUUAGUAAUAGAUUAAGUCUCAAUCGCAGUAUACCAGAUACUAGAAAUGAUUUAUGUAAGACAGUGAAAUAUCAAGACAACCUUCCAAAAGCCAGCAUCAUAGUAUGCUUCUAUAAUGAACAUUUUCAGACCUUACUCAGAACUAUACAAUCUAUUUUAAACAGAACUCCUGGAGAACUACUAGAAGAAAUCAUACUAGUUGAUGAUGAGAGUGACAUACAAAAUCUGCACCAAGAUGUUCUUGAAUAUAUAGAGAAAAACUCCUUGAGCAAAGUGAAAUUGUUGAAACCUGAAAAAAGAGAGGGGUUAAUUAGGGCCAGGCUAUUUGGGGCCCACAAAGCAGAAGGACAGGUGUUGAUAUUUUUGGACAGUCACAUCGAAGUGAAUGUCGGUUGGAUCGAACCUUUGCUAGACAGGAUCAAAGAGAAACGAUCAAAUGUUGUAAUGCCCAUCAUCGAUAUAAUCAAUGCUGAUACUUUCGCCUACUCAUCCAGUCCUUUGGUCAGGGGUGGUUUCAACUGGGGUUUGCAUUUCAAAUGGGAAAACCUACCCAAAGGUACUUUGGAAACCAAGGAGGACUUUAUAAAACCUAUCAAAUCCCCAACUAUGGCUGGGGGCUUGUUUGCAAUCGACAAGAAAUAUUUCGUGGAUAUCGGAGAAUAUGAUGCAGGAAUGAAUAUCUGGGGUGGAGAAAAUUUGGAAAUAUCUUUCAGGAUUUGGAUGUGUGGUGGAACCUUGGAAUUGAUUCCUUGUAGUAGGGUGGGUCACGUGUUCAGACACACAAGACCAUAUGGAUCUCCUGAUGGAGAGGAUACCAUGUUGCACAAUUCGUUGAGGGUGGCUCAUGUAUGGAUGGACGAUUACAAGGAGCACUUCCUUAAAUUACGACCGGACGCUAAAUCUGUCAACUAUGGUGACAUUUCGUCACGUCAACUAUUGCGUCAAGAAUUGAAGUGCUUCGACUUCGACUGGUAUCUGAAGAACGUUUAUCCCGAGAUGGUUCUUCCCUCUGACGACGAAGCUAGGUUGAAGAAAAAAUGGUCGGCGGUGGAACAAGACAAGUUCCAGCCGUGGCACCAGCGGAAAAGGAACUAUGUGGACAUGUUCUCCUUGAGGUUGUCGAAUAGUUCUUUGUGUAUUGAAGCAGAGGAAGGGUUCAAGACAAAAGGCAGUUCCUUGAUACUCAGGCCUUGCUUGAGAACCAAGAAUCAAAUGUGGUAUGAAACGGAUAAACACGAACUCGUCCUAUCCCAGUUGCUAUGUCUCCAGACCGGUAAAAUAUCUGUCAUCUUGUACAAAUGCCAUGAAAUGGGUGGAAAUCAAGAGUGGAAGCAUAAAGGCGGGAAAAAUACGCCAAUAUACAAUUUAGCAGCUGGUACUUGUCUGGGAGUUAACAAAAAAGAAGCGGAUGGAUCGGUAGUGAUGAAAAUGUGUACUGAUCCAGAGAUAACCAAUUGGGAUCUAGUUAGCCAGGUUAAUUAAGUGAGACUGAACUUGUGAUCAAUAGAGCAAUAUUUUCGACAGCUUAAUAUCAGAACAUUCCGAGAUUUUGAAGUAUUAUAUUUGGAUCAUCAUUAUUUCUAAGUACCUGCCUGAAAUAUUCAUUUUAUAGUUUUCAAUAUAUUUUUAUGAAAUGAAUUAUGUAUUUUGAUUUGGA